AUGGCUGCAUUCGGGGCCCGGGUCUCACUAUUGAACUCAUUCCUGACGGAAAUUGUCGAUAGCAUCAGGAAUAAGAACGGACAGCGCAUCACCGACCUCAUUCAACUCGACUUUGACCGUCUGAGUCCAGAGCGUCAAAAGCCUUAUUCUGACCUCAACCAAGAGCUCAAUCGGGACCAUCCUCCCGAAAGAGACGGGGAGCUCGUGGCCAGGUGUAAGCAGACUGUGUCGCAGGAUGAAUUUGGGUCAUUCAGCACGUCAUUUUCGGAAUGCAUCAUCCAGUAUUUUCGCUAUCUUCGAGACUUCACGUCCGCAGACAAUCAAGCCAAAGCAACCAAGAUCCGGCAAUUGACAAGCCAAUGCGUGACCGCCCUGGGGGACACCAGAUAUGGCAUCAUCAUGAUACCGAUUGUGCUCUCCUUUUCGCGCACCCUCGCAGCUAUUGCCACCAACCUGGAUCGAAAUCCGUCUUUGAUUCGGAAUUCCAGUCUAGCGACCACGCAAGAUGCCGAAGGUGCUCCGGGGAAGGUGGGCUUUGUGGAAGACGCGGCGAACGUGCUACGAGAGGCCUUCAUUAAGUGUCUUGCCGGCAGUCCUGGAGUUCCACGAACUUCUCGUCCUUCUCCAGAGGAUAAACGGGUGGGCAUCUAUUUGACGGCGAACUCGUGCCUGAAAUUGCUAUUACAAUGCCGGCGGUUGCGCAAUGCUCAGCAGAUGCUCUCAAGCAUCGACGUUCAAUCACCACCGCUGUCCUACUACCCGGCAGCCCAGCGGGUCACGUUCCUGUACUACUUGGGUCGAUUCCAUUUCGCUAACAAUCAUUUCCAACGAGCACAGAAGGUGCUCCAGACGGCGUACGAACAGUGCCAUCGCCAGGCGACUAAGCAUCGAAGAUUGAUCUUGAUCUACCUGAUAGCAGCCAACCUUUGCCUUGGCCGAUUCCCCUCUGCAGCACUCCUCUCACGUCCAGAGGGUAGUGACAUUGGACCAAGAUUCACUCCCCUCUGCAAGAUCAUACAAACUGGCGAUCUCGGAUCGUUCCACCAGUACCUGGACCUGGACAGCGAGUCCGGGCAGUGGUUCCUCAAGCGGUCCAUCCUUUUCCAGCUCCGGAACCGGUGUGAGAUCCUGGUGUGGAGGAGUCUGAUUCGCAAGACUUUCCUCCUUGCCGGCUAUAUGGGUGAGGAGAAGAAAAUACCAUUUCUCAGAUUGAGCUAUGUUCAUCACGCAGCAGUGUGGGCGUUAGGCAGGCUGAGGGCGAAAUCGAUGGCCAAGGGCUUCGGCUCACCGGCUCCUUUGGCAGACGAGAAAUAUGUCGACCCUGAAUUUGCAGAUAUGGAUGCAGCAAUCAACGAGACCGGGUUUGAUCCAGAUACAGGACUAUACGUUGACGAAUAUAUCGGCCAGUACGUACCAUACAGCGGUGACGGGGAGGAAUCCCCUGCCAUGAACGAAGUGGAAUCUGCGGUCCUGAGUCUGAUCCAGCAAGGUCUGUUGAGGGGCUUUGCUCUGCAUACCAACCCUCGCUUCGCAAUCCCGGGAAGCCAAAAGGCAGGAGGCCCUAUGAAGGCAGGAUUCCCUCAAGUGUGGAGCGUGACGGCGAGUAAAGACGGGGGAGAGCCAGUGCCUGGCUGGGUCGAAGAAGGAAAUCUGGAUGCUGGGGGAGGAGGGAGGGUAGUGAGGAUAUUCGGAGCUAGACCAGCAGGUUCAUGA